AUGGCGGACAGCGCGUUCAGUGAGGCGGGCAAGAAGGCCGGACUGGAGGCCUGGCGCAUUGAGGACCUCAAGCCCGUGGCCGUGCCAGCCGCCGAACAGCACAAGCUGUACAGUGGGGACAGCUACAUCUUCCUCAAGACGAGCGAGGCGACGACCGGCUUGACAUGGGACAUCCACUUCUGGCUGGGCAAGGAUACGUCCACGGACGAGAGCGGUGUGGCUGCUUACAAGACCGUGGAGCUCGAUGACGCGCUAGGCGGUGUGCCCGUGCAGCACCGCGAGUGCCAAGGCCACGAAUCGCCUCUGUUCCUGUCGUACUUUAAGUCCACCGGCUUGCAGUACCUCGAAGGUGGCGUGGCCAGCGGCUUCAACGAAGUUAAGCGCGAUGAGUACGCGACGCGUCUGUACCGUAUCAAGGGAAAACACACGGUGCGCGUCGAGCAGGUGCCGCUACAGAGCUCGUCUCUGAGUGUGGACGACGCCUACGUCCUUGACGCUGGCCUUGAGCUCUACCUGUAUGCUGGCAAGGAGGCCAACCGUCUCGAGAAGUCGAAGGCUCUGGAGUUCAUCACCAAGACCAGGGAAGCUCGCGGAGGUCGCGCUGACGUCACAUUCAUUGACGAAGACCCGGAAAAUGCUGCCUUCUGGGAAGCUCUGGGCAGCUUCGAGACUGUGACGCGGUCGGGUGAGACUGACGAGCACCACGAGAACGCAGUCAAGAAGAACACAACGGUACUGCGUGUAAGCGGCUCCACCGACGACAACCUGCAGGUUGCUGACGUUACUCCGUCAUCGGGAGUGCUCACCAAGGACAUCUUGAAGACCGAGGACGUCUUCAUCAUUGAUGUGGGUAACGAGGUGUUCGUGUGGGUGGGUAAAGCCGCCUCUGACAGCGAGCGCAAGAACGCGUUGACCGUUGCUGUGCACUACUUGAAGGAGGAAGGUCGUCCCUCACACACGCCUAUUACUCGUGUGGUUGAAGAGGGUGAGACGCCGUUGUUCACUGCGCUGUUCAAGGCGUGGACGGAGCCUAAAGUGCUUGAAUUUGGCUACCAAGCCAGCAAGGGGGUUGCGAAGAUGCAGGACGACAAGCCUGUUGAUGUUAAGGCGUUGGUGAAAGCUGCGUCGCAGGAUGAGGAGGAUAUUGGAGUGGAUCCUAACGGUGAUGGCAACCACGAAGUCACAGUGUGGCGUAUUGAAGACUUUGACAAGGUGGAAGUGCCUAAGGAACAGUAUGGACACUUCUACGAUGGUGACAGCUACAUUGUUCUCCAUGUGGUGACACCCUCGAGUGGCAAGCCAACGCAGGUGAUUUACUUCUGGCAGGGACGCUCGUCCACGACGGAUGAAAAGGCUGCGUCGGCUCUGUUGGCAACGUUCUUGGAUGACAGCAUGCAUGGAACUCCGGUUCAGGUCCGUGUGACGCAGGGCAAGGAGCCGGCACAUUUCCGUGCGCUUUUCAACGGAACGAUGAUCGUGCACGCUGGUGGCAAGGCCAGUGCGUUUACUAACCGUGACGAUGAGGAUUCGUACGACACGGACGGAGUUUCGCUGUACCAGGUCAAGGGAACCAACGAGAAGAAUACUUUGGCGGUUCAGGUGGACGAGAAGACGUCCAGCCUCACCUCGGGCGACUGCUUUGUGUUGGUUACUCCUAGCAAGGUCUACGAGUGGCAGGGUAACGGUAGCAGCGCUUCUGAGCGCGAGAUUGCGUCCAAGAUUGCCUCGAUCCUCAAGAAGAGCCGUGAUGCUGAGGUUGUCGAGGAAGGCAGCGAGUCCGAUGAGUUCUGGGAGUUCUUGGGUGGCAAGGGCGAGUACGCUAAGACCAAGUCUUCGUUUGAGGCCCCUCACGAGCCUCGUCUGUUCCAGUGCUCGAACAAAUAUGGAUACUUUGACGCUCGGGAGAUCGUCAACUUCGGCCAGGACGACCUUAACACGGACGAUGUCUUCAUCUUGGAUACAUACACGACUCUGUACGUCUGGAUCGGUGCUGGUGCCAACGAACCUGAGAGACGAGAGGCCAUGGCGCUCGCUCAAAAGUAUUUGGCGGUUGCCAAGAGCGACGGACGUGGUGACGGUACGCCUAUUGUGGCCGUCCACUGCAACAACGAGCCGCUUAUGUUCACGAGCCACUUCUUGGCUUGGGACGACGAAUUCUUCACCAAGAACGAAUUCUUGGACCCUUACAAGACCCGUCUGCAGAAAUUAAAGGAGGAAAAGGAGAAGAACGCCCCCAAGGAUCUUCCUGGCACCAUCACUAACGAGGAUAUCCGGGAGAAGGAGGCUCCCCUGUCUCCCAAGGCUCCAGCAUCGCCCAACGUUGCUCCUGUCGCGACAAGGGCUGUCCCUAUUCUGCCUACGGAGGCUCCUGUGCCAAAGGCCACUCCGGCAUCGCCCAAGGCUACCCCGGUGUCCCCAAAGGCUGCUCCUCCUGCUCCGGUUUCGGCUAAGGCGACGGGCAGUGCUGGUGAGACUUUUUCGUACGAAGAGCUGAAGGCUGGCGUGGAGGGUAUCGACAUUGCUAGAAAGGAGAGCUACCUCACGGACGCUGAGUUCCAGACGGUAAUGGAAAUGAGCAAGGACGAGUUUGAAAAGCUCCCCAAGUGGAAGCAGCAGGCCAAGAAGAAGGAAGUCAACCUUUUCUAA